CAUAGGAACAAGAGAGGAGACUCCUCUCUCAUCAACACCGGGAGAUGCACUACAGCUACAUCGUCUCUAAUACGUUUACCUAAAUAACUGUCCUAUUCGGUGUCUGUUUAGUUUGACUUAACCUUUUAUAUCCGCAUAAAUAUCUUCCGAGAAGAGGUAGUUAAUCGGAGCUACACACAAAAGGAUUUAAUGUUCAACAGCCAAAUGAACGGAGCAGCAUUCCCCUCCCCCACGGCGGAGAUGGCAGAGAUCAACCGUAUCCAUUAUGAGCUGGAGUACACUGAGGGAAUCAGUCAGAGGAUGCGCAUCCCAGAGAUGCUCAAAGUCGCUCCUCAGGCCCAUGAGAGCACUGCACUAGCUCAGGAUGUUGCGCAAAAUGUGAUAAUGCAAGUACCAGAGAGGAUUGUGGUUGCAGGCGAUGGCAGUGACUCCCAGUUCUCCAGACCCAGGGACCUGGACUUAAUCCAGUCGACACCGUUAGAAACCUUGUCACUGAAGACUCCACCCAGAGUCCUCACCCUUAAUGACCGACCCCUGGACUUCCUAGAAGAAGAGCAGCGGGCAGCUCCAGACAGUGUGGAGGCGUUGCGUCCUCAAGGACGAUUGCGACGGGAACGCUCAGCAAGUGAAAAUGCAGCCGUCCGUCACAGCAGCCAACUGAUGCAAAAUGAUUCCAUUGCUUCCCCGCCCCCCCCAGCCACUGUCCACCCUUGUCCUUCUCUCACCAUGGCUGAAGAAGAACACAACCUGUACAGCGCUAGCGGUGUUCUAUCUUUCCUCCAGUCCACUACACGUCGGGCCUACCAGCAGGUCCUGGAGGUCUUGGAUGAGAACCCUCGCAGCAAACCAUCACUGCGAGGGGGGUCAGCGUCAAGCUCCAACCCCCUGCAUGACACCAGGCUGGGAUUAUCCUCACAUGAAGCCACUCUGGACAGUGGAAAUGACGACAUGACUAUGGUUGACGUAGCAACACUUCGACGUCAGCUCAUCAAGUUGAACCGGCGACUGCAACACCUGGAAGAGGAGAACAAAGAGCGGGCAAAGCGAGAGAUGAUCCUGUACUCGGUCACCGUAGCUUUCUGGCUUGUCAACACCUGGGUGUGGUUACGGCGUUAAUGCCUCCUAUGAAUGAAGAUCACACUAUCCAUUAUUCUAUGUGUCAAACGUUAGCUACUCGCUGCACUGAGUUUCUGUGUGAGGAAGGCAUGUCACAGGUACACGGUGGUUUCACACAGGGCUGAUAUUCAGAGUUUAUUUAAUACAUGUACAGUUUUAUUUUUUUAUUCUUCUGUUCACCCUAUAUCUUCAUGUUUUCUCAUGUUUGAUUUUUUUUUUUUUUUUCUAUUUUACAAUUGUUCUUGCUCAGUGCUAAGCAUGACUUGUAAAUAUUGCUCCCUAUCAUCACUGAACUGUGGUGAGAACUCAGCCAGAGAUUCAGUUUAGCUUAGCUCAGCCAAAGUGGAAAAUGGAGCUGCGAUGUGGAGGAGUAUCAGAUGUUGGAUAUUUAUUGCAGGGACGUAAUAUGUCAUUUGAACUGGGAAGUAUAAUACAAUUUAGUAAAACGUAAAUAUUU